GACAACCGUGUGUUACUUUGAGUCGUUAUGCCGUGAAAUUCUCAAUAAAAUAUGUUAUACCACUUAUCUGCACUCUUUUUCAGAAAGCUGGCAUAUUGGAAUCAAAAGUAGAACUACACAACCGCUGAAGGCCUAUCUGUUGUACUCCGGUGGAGAGACGAAGACGGAAGCAUCCAGGUCACGUGUGGUUUAUAACUAAAUAAACAAAAUACCAGAACGACAAGCCUGCAGUCGUGUAUGAAAACGAAGUGAACAAGUCAUAUGUCAGCCGGUGCCUGCCGAUAUCCACGGGCUUUCAUAGAAUCCGCUAACGUUGGUUAUGCCAUACAAGGCAUGGCAGACAAACAGGACAAUGAGGUGGAGGAGGCAGACCAGGUGUACCUGCUAAUGAAGGAGGAGUACCGUAUCUCACGCAACGUACGUUUGGCCUGGUUCCUGGGCAAGCUCAAUCAGGUCAUCUGGCCGGUUCCAAAGUCUGAACUGCUGAACUCAGAGAAUGAGCUGGAUCUGCUCAGCAUCCUGCCCAAGGGAUGGCAGCCAGAUUUCUCCCCCUCCACCCUGCCCUACCUGCUGGUACCCUCCACCCGUGUCACCUUCCUGUCCCGCAGGUACCGCUUCAUCAUCGAGCUGGACCUCAGCCCCUCCACUGGCAUUGUGGAUGACAGCACAGGGGAGAUGAUAUUUGACGAGGUGUUCCAUGCCUUGUCACGAUGCUUAGCUGGACUGGUCCGACCCUUCAAAGUUCCAGGCACAGAUAUAUUAUUUCAGCCUGAAAUCUUCAUCACUAUCCUGGCGUAUUCCUCCAUCAUCGGGCUCAAUACACACCAGGUGCUGGUGCAGGGUUGUCAGCUGGAUCGUACAGACCUGGACAGUUUCCUACACCAGAUCUAUCAGCAGCUUCGGUCAGUGGAGAACAACAUAGCAGAGGUCCUACAACAACAUCACGGCCAUCUUCAACAGCAGCAUGACCAGUUUGAUGGGCCAAUCACAUGCCCUGGGUUCGGCAGUGACAUGAUCAUGGAGGAGGUGCCUGUGAGGAAACAUGGCGUUUCCAUGGUGACUGCAGACGUAGGGCUGGUCAGCAUGGUGCGACAGGGCAUCCUAGCUCUACAGCUGUUGCCCCCCAACUCCAUCGCAGGUGUAAUCAUAAUUACAGAUGGGGUGACCAGUGUGCCUGACAUGGCUGUGUGUGAGACCCUUCUGAACCAGCUCAGGAGUGGAACCAUCACCUGCUCCUUCAUUCAGGUGGGCGGGGCCUACUCAUACGACUGUAGUUUUGGGUACAUCCCUAACGUUGAGCUGAUGAAGUUCAUCUCCUUGGCGACCUCUGGCUCCUACCUGUCGAGCUGUCCUGAGCCUGACCUGGCCAGUCAGGACAUGAACACCUACCACAACGCCUUCCUCACAUACUCUUUCCUCAAGACCAGCGAGUCCAUGAACCCUGAGUACUACUUUGUGUCUCAGCACAAGCUGUUCAAUGAGCACCUGGUGUCAGCCCGUGGGAACCCUGCAUUAGUGAUGUGGAGGAAGAAGCACACAGAGAAGGAGGUGCACGCCCAUCUGGUCAGUGUGGUGUCGGUCAGACUGAGAGAGGGAUACACCAUCAGGGAGAUCAACCUUACCAAAGGUGGCACCCAGCUGGAGGUGAAGCUGGUGUUGCUAUGGAAACACAACAUGCAAAUAGAGUACCUAGCGGUGGCCCAGUGGCCCCUGGACCCUGUCAAGAGGACCACCUGGGUAGAGGUCACCAUGGAUGGAAGCUACGACAUCCUCCAUGAUAUCAGCUGUACUCUGAGGAAACCCAUCACCUCUCCAUACCGCACCUCUGUCAUACGACGAUUUUGGAACACACUGCAGAGUAUAAACCAGACGGAUCAGAUGCUGGUCCACUUGCAGUCCUUUAACUCUCUCCCAGAGAAUUACACCAUACCUGAGAGCACCAAGAACGGAGUUCCUCUCUUCUACAUCCCCCCUGGAUCCACCAUGCCGGUUCUCUCCCUACAGCACAGUUGCUCUAAAGACUCCUCCCAGUCCCAGUUUGCCUCAUACUGGAAGCCCAUCCUGUCCAUGGAUGCAAACUUCUGGCAGAGAUGGCUUCACAUGCACCGCAUCACCAUCAUCCUGGAGCACGACAUGCCUUUGCCCAAGCACCUUCACACUGCCGGUAGUAACGGGCGGUUUAGCACCAUCCAGUGUCGUAUCUCUCACUCAGCCCUCACCUCCCUACUGAGGGACUGGAGCAGCUUCGUUCUGGUGGAGGGAUACUCAUACGUCAAGCUCAUAUACAGUGCCUCUGACCAGCCCCCCAACUCCUUCUAUCUGGUGCGUCUGAUCUCCAAGCUCCCAUGUAUGGUUCUGAGGCUGGGCUUUCCUAUCGGCACCCUUGCCCACACCAGGAACAAGAUAGUGGAUGAGUUGCGGGAGCAGAUCCUGAGGCUUCGCUUCCCUCAGCGCAUCCGGAACAAGGAGGCUACGCCCAAGAGGAAGAUUCUGGGGCAUGCCUCCCGCUCCAAGUCCCCUCCUCUCCCUACUUCCAAACCUGCGUUGUCUGACCGGCCAUGUAUGGUUGUCCUCAACAAACCUCUGGAGAAACUGCUCAUCAGCUACGAUAAGCUCCCGUCAGACUUCCGGAUGCCCUUCAUUCUGAACAUGGAGAACUUCACCCAGCUCCCCAGAAUGACCGCGCCCCUCAGUAUGGCAGCCAAUCGCGCAGCCUCGUCCACCCUAGCGUCUCUUUCGCGCUACUUUCUCCACCAGCGCUGGGUCUGGACGGUGCAGGGCGGCAUUGGAUCUACCGUUCCCCUGCAGGCUGUGGCUCAUUUACUGUCCAUGCUGUCUGAGAUUCGCCUCUCUGAGGGCUUUCAUUUUGCUGCCAGUGGAGAUGGCGUAGUCAACAUGGUGACUGAACUGCCAAUGAAGGGGAUGCCAGAGGCGGUGGACGGAGAGAGUCACACCUGUAUUGUCCAGUAUAUCCUGUUUCCACCUCACUCCACCUCUACCAAGGACAGUUUCUCCACAGACGAUGACAAUGAUACAGAGGUGGAGGCCAUCGAUGUGGACACAGGGCUCAACCUGGUGACCGAGUGUUGGGUUGAGCCUCAGAGUAGGACAGUAUGGAGUCCCAGAGACCAACACAGACACUUCCAGGAGCUCACCUACCAGGAGAUACCCCAGGCGAUUUUCCCCCGGGAUCUGGCCUCUGUGUCCACCAUGAUGACGUUUGAGUACCUGAGCCAGCUGUGCCAGAACAAGGAGCAGGUGUACCCUCCCGUCGGGGCAGGGGACCCCCCACCCUCUGAGGACUGCAUCCACACCAUUCCCUUCCAGUUUGACCUCAUUGAGCUGCUGCCCAAGUGCCAACAGAUAGAGAUCUUCUUCCUCACUCUCAGCAGAGUGGAGAAUGAGGUGUCCCAGGGUGCCCCCUACCUGCCCAACGAGCUCCUGCUUAGUCUGUUCCACAGCAGCUUGCAAAACGAGCUCAGUGACAGGGAGAUCACAUUGGUUGACCAUGAGAACGUCACCUUCAUGCAUCACAUCUUAGACAGGGAACGAGACGGACAUAUUGCACCCUUCUCUCUACCUGUCAUCAGAGAGGAGUGCCUGAAACCUCCAGAGAGACAGGACACGGUGAUGUCAUUCCAAACUAUAGAGAACAGUAAAGAAGUGACUGGAUCCACCAGUACCCUGCAGAGUUUCAGCAAUGCAGACCUGGUGGAUGAGGAGUCAGUCCCAGUGGAGAGGGAUGGGUCUACCCCUCAGUGGAAGUGUUACGCCAAGUACAUCAGCCCCCAACAGAUCCUCCUCACCUUCCUCCCUGACACCUUCACAGAUGUCCAGAUGUUGAUGUCAUCUGGGCUGGAUACAGAGCCCCAGGGUAAUGGAGAGGAUGAUGACACCCUGAUUAUCAGCAACAAAUCACAGACCGAUUCUCACUCUGUCUCCACCAAUGGGCUGGAUGGUGGGUUGACUGGCGAGCUGAUGACCCCUCUGCUUUCCCCUGGUGGUGGUGGUCCUGUGGGACCCCGGUCGCGCCUGCUCUCCCCUGGAUCUGGGAGCUCCACGAUGGAGCAUGACAACUGGGAGAGCGGGCCCUCUGAGCCAGAAAAUGGCACUAAAGGUGUGGAUGAGAGGGAUGGGGUGCAGUUUGCUGAGCCCCAGAAGGGAGACUUCCACAUCACGUUCAGUAGCCAGGUGUCCCAGCAGAGCUCAGGGGACCUGUCUCAUCCGUGCUGCCCUGUAUACGUCUAUAACUGUUCCCUGGACUCUCUGAAGGACCAGCUAGUCCAUCCCCACUUCAACAGGCAGCCAAGGGACAUCUUCUUCAGAUCUCUAUCUCAGGAACGCAGCAGCACCUCCUCCUGGACAGACCUGAUGUCGCAGCCUCAUAAACACAAGGAACUGGCCAACUACUGCAGCCUGCUACAGGAGCACUACAACCACAGCUAUGUCAAAGGUGUGUACCGCAGCCUACAGCAGUCCUACAACAUCAGUUCCCAGGACGUGUUGACAGCCAUGGACUACUGUGAGGAGUCUCUCCAGGAGAUAGACAUCACUUCCUUCCUCCAGACACUCUGCGGACACAUCCGGGAGUUCCAGGAGAGCCAUGGAGACGGAGGGGUAAGGGUUCACAGCAGCACCCCUUCCACCUUCACCAUCGGAGAUGCAGAGGAGGACCGGCUUGCCAAGAGGGGACCCAUGGCCUCUUCAUCCAGUAUUGAGAUGGAGGAUGUGAGUGAGGCAGAGUCCAGAGGGAAGACUUUGGCCCCCACCUCCUGGCUAGGCCUGGAUGAACCCCCCAGGACCACCAGGAUACCAGAGUUCCCUCUGUCCCUCCUCUACCUGCAGCAGAAGUGUGAGGUCUUCCCUGACCUGCACAAAAUCAUACAGGACAAAUUCAUGGAAAUUAGUGCUCAGUACUUCAAGACCGUACCUUCUCAUCCCCACUACUUCUACUACUGCCCAGCAUCAUCGAAGAAAGAGUACUCUGAUGUGGAAGAGAAGAGACAACCUAGUGAAGAGGUUGUGUCAGAGGCUGAGCCUGCUACAGAGGACGAGUACAUGUCGGGCUGUUGCAUUGUGACGGAGAGCGACACAGACCUGGAGGUGGAGUACCAGGAGAGGGCUGAAGGCCGGAGAUCCCUAGGGGCAGACAGAGAGGGGGAGGCAGGGGGAGAGUGGGAGGAUGAGUCCCUGUCUGACUCCAACACAGUGAACCAGGAAGAUGUCUCCUUCAGAAUCCUAGAGGGAGACAGCCUGUUGGAGCCAGAAGGGCCACAGCCUGACAUGCCCCCACUGUUCAUCCACCUCACCUGCUCUGUUAACAUGAAGAGUUGCCACGGAUCCAUGCCCAUAACCACGCUACCCACCUGCCUGGGUGAGGUGAUCAUGUGUCUGGAGAAUGCAGAGGCCCUGCAGGCUGUGAAUCUGAAUAAUCUGUCUGUCACACUGGACAUCUUUGUUCUCACCUUACCCCUGGAGAUAGAGGACAUGCAAUCAGACUUGAGACACAACAGGUACACGUCAGAGAGCAGUGUGUCUCUGAACCGUUCUCCAGAUCAGCCCUCUUCCUACCGCUCUGAUGAGGAUGUGAUGGGCAACCUGGACAGAGUAGUAGAGGUCGACGGGGUUGUAGGAGACUCUUUGUCCAAACUCCCAAUUCCCCACAAACUAGCCGUGUUAGCCGCCAUGGAGGAGAUCCGUUGGCUCCUAGAGGAUGAGAUUGUGUCAGCUCUGCGUCACUCCCGGGUCAUCAGCUCGUCCACGCUACAGAAGGUGGCGGGUCACGUGCUUCGCUCAGGCGGGCGACCACGCUGCCACUUUGAGGUCGUUCCCUUGCAGUUUGUCUUCGGCCCUGAGCAGUCCCUGGAAAAGUUCAAAGAGGAGUUCCGUAGGAUGUCAUUCUCAGGUUACUUGCUGAAAGGAGAGCAGGACAACUUCCACUACAUGUCUCUGAGUAGACUCCACCCACAGCGCAUCCAGGCUUCUAUGAGGCUGUCUGAGAGCACUGUUAACACUGAGGGGGCUGGACAGACCACCCAAACCAACAAUCACUGUGCUGAUGUGGACGACAGUGCCAGGGCUCCGUCCAAUCAUGGUGCACCAGGAAGAAGACCUGACCACGGAACAGAGGUGGAGAGGGUGGAGCUAGACUGUGAGGUGCAGGGAGAAGAGAAGAAGCCUGCUGUCGGGGAUGUUAGUGAUUCUGGUAGUGACCUAGCCCAGGACCCCUGCAACCCUCCAGCCAAACCCACCCGGGAUGACUCCGAGGAGGGCCCCAGACCUCGGUUGAGCUCAGCCGGUGCAACCUCCACAGCCGCUGGGGAUGGACCUCGGGAGAGUUCUGUUGGUGUCUCCACCGGCCGACCCCGACUGAGCUCUGUGGGCAGAGGAGGAGAGGUGAUAGGACCUCAGCUGAGCUCUGUAGGCUCCUCCUUCACGGCCAUGAGGGAUCAAGGCCAAUCCAGCACCCCUCACCUCAAGCCCAGCACCAGCACCGACCGCUCCUCAGAAAACACCAAGACCCCAUCCGCAGUCAGCCUGGCCGAGUCGGUGCAGUCCACCACCCACAGUAGUGGCAAGCUGAGGCCCAGCAGAGUACAGAGUGUGGUCUCCAGUCAAGGAAGCCUGGACUCUGACAUGCUGGGUUAUGAUGGUGGCAGCAGUGACUCUGAAUGUGAGAGCCCCACUAUAGAAGAACAGGAGUCCCAGUCCCCCCUGCUGCCUGACUUCUGGCUCAUCGUUAAGGUCCACCAGGACAAAGUAGAGGUGUACUCCCACUCCAGGAGCUUCAACGAAGGGAAGGAGGACGGAGUAGGGGAGGAGGAGGAGGUGCCAGAGUACUUACAGUUGCAUCAGAUGGUGGUGAGGAAGAUUGGGGAGAUCUGCCGUAUAGUCAAUCAGCGUCUGCUACUCCAGGACCUCAAUGACAGCCACGUGUGUAACUCUCUUCUGGUGGCAGAGAGUGAAGAGGAUAUCUGGAAGAACGAGUCCCUGUACAGACAGAGACUGGCCAACUCUGAUGAUUACAAUGCUGAGAACUACCAGCCGCGGGACUACCUUGCUGCCACCAUGCAGUUCAUCCCAGGUCACUUUGCCUGUGAGGUGGUGUGGAGCACCGUCAUCCACAUCCACCCUCGCCUCAAAGUGGGACCCAACGUAGGUGUGUCCAGGGCUAUCCAGGCUCUGCAGUCAGUGCUCAACGACUUGUGUGUGGUCAACAGGAAGAGCAUGUUUGUCUAUCAGGAGCGCACUAUCAAAUCAGUCUUCUACCUGAGACUUUGUGAGACAUCUCAAAGAGGGAAGUACUCUGACCUGGAUGGCAGCCUACAGCCCAUGUCUCACUGUGUCGGUCUCGCCCGGAGCCAGGAGCCCCUCUUCUCUGAGGAGUUCACGGGCUCCCGGUCAUCUCUGGAAGGUCCCCGUCCAGUGGGACAGGUAGACAAACACAUCCUGUUGCUGGUGCAUGGAGUGGGAACUGCUGGUCCAGAGAUCACAGAUGAGCUGGUGAAGGUUCUGAGGAAGCGUCUGGAUGAGACCACCCUGGACAUCAUCACCAUCAUGCUGGGUAGGAACUGCAAACUCACCCCUGCUGACGUGGAGUUUAUCCAGCCAUCAGGCUCUCCAGCCACAGAGGUGAUGGAGUUUACUCUGCCGCAGUGCUUCAUGCCCUGGACCCCUGCUGUAGCCCACUACCUCAGGCAGAACCUGCUGAUCUUCCUCCACAUCCCCAAGUACACAGACAGCUACGUAGAACACCACUUCAAGCACUACUUCUAUCAGAGCAGAGAGCUUCCUGACUCUGAUAUCUACCUCUACAAUAAGCCUGGGGGCCAGGGGACCGGAGGGAAAGGUAACAUGUCGGACCUCAUUCAGCACCUCUUCCCACCCUCUCAGUUCCAAGGUAUUGCCUGUAUCGCGCUGUCGUUCGUAGACGCUCAAGGAUGCCCCCUGCAGGUUCCUGCCCACAACUGCACCACACCACCCAGAGGAGAUCCCUCCAGCAUCCUCCUACAGCCAGAACAGUUUGACACCCUGACAACUGUCAUUAAGGUGGACUCGAACUACCUCAGCUCAGAGUCAGAGAUGAGGGUACGUUUUGACAUUUGGGAGCAAGGUAACGUUUCCCCCCUGCAGCUGACUGACAAACUGCGAGGAGCCCUGCGCCACACCCUCUGUGAUGUCAUCAUGGAACUGAGGGUCCUGCCCAAUCCACUGUGUCUGGAGACGUUCCUUACCACACCUGGGAGAGGUCAUUUAAGUUCUCCUCCAUUGGAAGUGAAGGAAUUUAAGGACAGCUUGAUGUCUUGUAGUGGCUCUAGGAGUGUUAAGAACAGCCCCUCCCCCAUCACUCUGAUCCCUCCCCCCUCUGGGACCAGCCCCAACACUGGACCAAGCACCCCCAAGUCUACCACACCCACUGGCAAGACCACCCGCCGAAGCGUCUGGGAAAUACUGAGCAAGCCAGACUCAUCUGAGCUGGGGAUCCCUAAGACGACAGACGACAUCGUUCAGGAGAAGGGGGAGGAGGGUCGGACACGUAGGAGACACAAGACGGAGAACGUGAAGCAGCAGUGGAGCCAGGAGAGGUCCAUGGCUGUAGAACUGGAGCAGGCCCAGAGGAGACAUGUGUCCCAGCUAGAGGAGGGGAACGUUGGGACCCUGCACCCUCUGUAUCAGGUUACCUGUCAGCCCUGGAUCACCUUCAUGGCUAAAGUUGGAUGCCCGUCCAUUCAGCAGUGCACCGCUGAGAUUGCCUCCCAGUUCCUGCUUCCUCCCAUCCUGACAGAGAUUGGCAAUCUGGUCACCUCCCUGGCCAGUGACACCACAGUCAAGGUGUUCGAGAGGACGAGUUGUCCCCAAGGAGACACCUUUGUUCCCAUGCCUCUGAUCCAACACCUUAGCCAACCACCUGCCACCUCUAGAACCUUCAUCCUCAUUGGAAGGAACUUCCACCAGUGGCAUUGCUGCACAGAGCAAGAAGACAGUUCAGAUGAUGAGAACACCCCUGUGCUUAGUAAGUUCACAUCUCAUAAAGGCUUCCAGCGCUUCGAGGCCUUGAAGCAGUCUGAUUGGUUCAGCCCAGGGCAGUCCUGGAGGGGUGUGGCCCCAAGGCAGAGGUUUCUCCUCAUACACAUCCUGAAGAAGAAGGUGACCCUGUACACCUAUAACUGGUCAGUGGACCUUGGAGCCUCUCCGAACCGUGGGCUGGUGAGGCUGGUCCAGUGGCAGAAUGCCAGGGCCCAUGUUGUCCACUGUCUCCUCAACCAGAAGAUGGGUCUCUUCCACCACUGCUGCUUCUCUGACACACCGGCCCACGCAGACCUCAAACAGGAGUCCAACCCGUUCAUCAACCCGACCAUUGAGGCCGAUGCACUGCUGAGGAGCCCGGUGCCCGGCAAGGACCAGGGCAAGCUGUCUAGCUCUGGCCGCUCCCUGGCCCCCCUCCACUUCCCCUCGGAGCUGGUGCCCUUUGACGAGGCCCUCAGGGACUUGGGGACGGGCCGACCCCUGGCCAGCACUCAGGACGGGGCUGACGUGGUGGCUCGGCACGGGACCCAGCUACUGGAGGUCAAGGCUGCAGAACGCAGAGAGAUGGAGAAGCAGAUGAAGAUUGAGAACCUGUUUGUGACUUGGCAGCAGAGGUCAGCGCAGUCCAACAUGCCCAUCUCAGCAGUGGACUUGGACACUCUGAAGCAAUCGUCCAGACUAUUGCACUACUGCGCCACCCCUCUGCUCUUUGACCCCGUGUUCAGGAAGCAGAUCCAGGAAGAGCAGAUUGUCCAAACUCAACAGGUCAAGAAGCGUCAUCACUCCAGUGACUCCAUGGCGUCUGGCAGGAACCGUAGCUACAGCACAGACUCAGUUGACAAACUGCCCAGCCGGCUGAGAGAGGGGCCCUGGUUGCAGGACAUCUCUAACACCUUCCUCCAGCAGUAUGUCCAGUACCUCCAGAGUAUGGGCUUCAUCCUGGUCCAGGUCCGGCCACAGUCCCCAGCGCGCAGCAUCCCCAGGGCCCGGGCAGCCAUGUUCAGCUCAUUGUCGUCAGAGAGGCAGUCCUUCUCCUAUAACAAAACCAGGAGCGAGGACAGCCCUAAGAGCACAGGGUCGGAUAUUACCGCGUACUACCUCCAGAGGGCGCUGCCAGGGGGCAUCGUAUUGAUGGAGCUUGCCUUUCAGGGUUGUUACUUCUGUGUGAAGCAGUAUGCUCUGGAGUGUUCACGCAUCCCCAUGGGACAGACCGUCAACUCUCAGCUCUCCAUGCUCUUCACGGAGGAGUGUGAUAAGGUGAUUGGCCUGAUGCAUGUGCACUCGUUCAGCUAUGACUUCCACCUACGGGUGGUUCACCAGUCCCUGGUGGGCUGUCACAUGACCCUGCAGCAGGGAUACCGGCUGACCAGCUUCCUGGAGGACUUCAUAGCUCAUCACCCUGACAUCCCCAAGUUCAGACGAAACCACGUCUUCCAGGGGAGUUUCUCCAUCUCUACGGGGAUGAUCACAGCUCACCAGCUGUAUAACUACAUUACUGACCAUGAUGUCACCUACGGCAUGAAGCCCCUUCGCAUGUCCAAGGCUGCAAUGACCAGCGAUGGCAAGAAGGGGGCACCACCCAGCAGUGACCUGCAUGAGUACGGUCUGGUUGCACUGUGGAACAGCUCGGGCUCUUACAAGGACCUUGAAGGCCUGCGUCACCAUGACGAUUUUGACGUGUCCCUGCUGGUGUGUCACAAUGCCGCUCCAUUUGAGGAGCAGUUGGAGGGAGAGAGACAUCUGCUGAGGCUGCGUUACUACGUGAUAAUGACCAGCCAGAGAGAGUUGUUCCCCCGGCUGACGGCUGACAUGCGUCGCUUCAAAAAGCUUUCCCAGAUACACCGUGAGGUCAGCGACCUGGCAGGAAGGGUUCCCCCUGAGAGAGGUACAGGACCAGGCGGGGUAUUGGACCUUGAACUGGACCUCUGGGAGGAGACCCCCCCUGCAGCCUCAGCCCCAGACACCUUCAUCUCUACCCCCAGCGUUGGGAACGAGUUCUAUCCCCUGACUGGUCCCCAAGGGUCUGGGGCCCAGGGUCUCCUCUACCCCUCUCAUCUGUUCCCCCUGCUCAACCAGGAGGUGGGCUGUGCGCAGAGCCAGAUCCAGGCGAGCGUGGAACAGGCCAUGGGCCACUGUCGCAGGGACAACCUGUGGAGGAGGCUGUUCCAUGGAGAACACCAGCACCUGGCCAUGGACAAGCUCAAGCUGAGCAAACUUUCCUUCAGCGAACUGGAGGACCUCCUCAACGCAGUGCAGAGUCAAUCUGUAGGGGAGAUCGACCCCCAGCUGGGUUGUUUCUUGACCAUGAGUCCCAGCUGGUACCAGAGUCUGAUCAAAGUGCUGCUGACUCGCUUCCCUCAGAGCUGCCGACACUUUGACCAGAGUGGCAUUCAGUAUCUGGCUGUCCUGAACCAGAAAUUCACUGACUGCUUUGUUCUGGUCUUGCUUGAAAAUCAGGCAGGAAAAACGAGCCUCAAGGUUGUAUUUAGGGAGCCAUUGCCAUCCCAACCGCAGCCUAGGAACAGCCCCACGCCUCAGCUGGUGUCCAUGUACCAUCACCUGGAGUCUGUGAUCAACACAGCCUGCUACAACUUGUGGACAGGCCUGCUGUAGGCCUGGAGGGCCAAUCGGGGCCAGGUGGGCCACAGAGAAACAGGCUGCUGGGAGGUGUAGUUCCAGACAGGCGGCUUCAUUUAUAGGCCGUCUUGGCAUGUGGGACACAAAAAAGGAUGUUAUUGUUGAAAAGUGCUAAAUCAGCGAAUCAAAGAGUUCACAUGUCAAAGCUUCCUGUGCAAUGUAUCAGUGUUUUAUUCAUUCUACCACUGGGAGAAAAGAUACACACUAUUGUUAAAGGGAUAGUGCAAGAUUUUGGCAAUGAAGCUGUACCUGUAGACUUCCAGUCAUUGCGCUAACGCUAGUUAGGCUCGCAAAACUACCUUCAACUUCCUUCAAACUGCACGCAGAGACAUAGAAAUGGCAUCUGACAUUGCAAAAAUCUUGCACCAUCCCUUUAAAGAUAUGACCUUACCGGCUUGUGUCACCCGGCCUGUGUUUUGGUAAAAAGCUGAGGGAUGUGCCUGGAAAAAUUGGUAUCAAAAUUAUAGUUUUAACUUGUUUUGAGGGUGUACAGUGUUUGUUUACAUUUACAUUGUUUACAUACAUUGGAGUAAAAUAAGAUUAUAUUUGUGGUUCUGAUAGAGUACCGCAGUUGAACUAAGUUAUAUUCUUUAAGAAUCAAUGGGUAUACAUCAUUAAUUUAGAUGUCCCAACGAACUAGCUUUAAAGCACAUGAAGGGCUCUAUUAAAUCAGAUCCGCUUUAGCCGACAUCCACAUAGCUGUUGUUUUGGUGGUGUCGGAGGUGAAACAGCGUUAGGGCUGUCAAAUUCACAAGCGGCUCAUGGCAUUAUACAGUGCCUUUGAGAAGGAUUCAGACCCCAUGACUUUUUCCACAUUGUCACAACCUUAUUCUAAAAUGUAUUAAAUCGUUUUUUCCCCCUCAUCAAUCUACACACAAUACCCCAUAAUGACAAAGCAAAAACAAGUUUGUAGAAAUGUUUGCUAAUUUAUUUAAAAAAAUGUCAAACUGAAAUAUCACAUUUACGUAAGUAUUCAGACCCUUUACUCAUUACUUUGAGUAGUGAGUACUGGCAGCGAUUACAGCACCAAGUCUUCUUGGGGAUGACGCUACAAGUUUGGCACACCUGUAUUUGGGGAGUUCCUCCCAUUCUUCACUGCAGAUCCUCUCAAGGUCUGUCAGGUUGGAUGGGGAGCAAUGCUGCACAGCUAUUUUCAGAUCUCUCCAGAGAUGUUCGAUCGGGUUCAAGUCCGGGCUCUGGCUGGGCCACUCAAGGACAUUGAGACUUGUCUUGAAGCCACUCCUGCGUUGUCUUGGCUGUGUGCUUAGGGUCGUUGUCCUGUUGGAAGGUGAACCUUCACCCCAGUCUGAGGUCCUAACCUGCUCCAGAGCGCUUUUCGUCAAGAAUCUGUACUUUGAGCCGUUCAUCUUUGCCUCAAUUCUGACUAGUCUCCCAGUUCUUGCUGCUGAAAAACAUCCCCACAGCAUGAUGCUGCCACCACCAUCCUUCACCGUAGGGAUGGUGCCAGGUUUCCUCCAGAUGUGACGCUUGGCAUUCAGGCCAAAGAGUUCAAUCUUGCUUUCAUCAGACCAGACAAUCUUGUUCAGAGAAUCCUUUUGGCAGACACCAUGCAGGCUGUCAUGUGCCUUUUACUGAGGAGUGGCUUCCGUCUGGCCACUCUACCAUAAAGCCCUGAUUGGUGGAGUGCUGCAGAUAUGGUUGUCCUUUUGGAAGGUUCUCCCUUCUCCACAGAGGAACUCUAGAGCUCUGUCAGUGACCAUUGGUUCUUGGUCACCUCCCUGACCUAGGGCCUUCUCCCCUGAUUGCUCAGUGUGGCUGGGCGGCCACCUCUAGGAAAGGUCUUGGUGGUUCAAACUAAUUCCAUUUAAGAAUGAUUGAGGCCACUGUGUUCUUGGGGACCUUCAAUGCUGCAGAAAUGUUUUGGUAUCCUUCCCCAGAUCUGUGUCUCGAAACAAUCUUGUCUCGGAGCUCUACGGACAAUUCCUUCGACCUCAUGGUUUGGUUUUUGCUCUGACAUGCACUGUCAACUGUGGGACAUUAUAUAGACAGGUGUGUGCCUUUUCAAAUCAUGCCCAAUCAAUUGAAUUUACCACAGGUGGACUCCAAGUUGUGGAAACAUCAAGGGUGAUCAUAGGGCGAUAGCAUAGGGUCUGAAUACUUAUGUAAAUAUGGUAUUUUAUUUUUAAUACAUUAGCAAACUUUUCUAGAAACUUGUUUUCUGUAUCUGUACCUAAAGUGGACUUUGCAAUUGGCUGCACGACAUUGCAUUGAGAAAUUCCAUGGAGCCUUGUUUACAAGUUUGAACAUAAGAAUGUGAGAUGUAAAAUACACCUUGAUUAGGCUGAUAAGAAUACUCAUUGUUUAGGUGAAUGAUUUUCAAAUUGAGCGCCAUUAUUUCUAUGUAGCCUAAACUUUCUCGUUCUGAACUUCUAACAUGAGUGCUACGGGUGUGGAUUCGUGACAAUGAUCAAGAACAGCUGCUCACCGACUUUGACAGCUCCAACGUACGCAGUUACACUUCUGACGCCGCUAAAACAUCAGCUAUGCGGGUGUCGGUUAUCGCCGGUUAAAUCAACAACAACAAAAAAGUAAGAUAUGAAAAACAAAUAAUUAGAGCAGCAGUAAAUAACAAUAGCGGGGCUAUAUACAGGGGGUACUGGUGCUGUCAAUGUGCAGGGGCACCGGUGUCAAGGUAUUUGAGAUAAUUAUGUACAUGCAGGUAGGGUUGCCUCCUGCAGCGCCUCCUGCAGUGGACAUUGGUCCUCACAGACAGAGGGAACCUACUGUAACAAUGCUAUUUAGCUGUCACUACUUCAUAAUGAUAGAAUUGAACUGAAGAAGACAUGCUUUUUGCACUGAACAGUGCCCCAGAGAUUAUGCAAUUUGUCCCAAUUUUCAAUGGCAACAUGAGCCUAUUACUCAUUGACUUGGAGGUUAGUGGUGGUAUGGUAGAAUGAAAAGGGGGUGAGACUUUCAGGCUAGUAUUAUCUAAUGCCAUAGUACUGUAUGUACUAUGGCACAACAUGUUUGUAAUUUAGCAGGCUUUUAUCCAGAGCGACUUAGGGUUAAAUGCCUUGCUCAAGGGCACAUCAGCAGAUUUUGUCACCUAGUCUGCUUGGGGAUUCGAACUACUGACCCAAUGCUCUUAACCGCUAAGCUACAUUCCCAUUCAGCUGAUACCUCUUUACUUCAGAUCAGAGAUCAUCCACCAUACAUGUACAUUAGAAAUCUUACCUGAAGUGGAUCUCAUUCCCCAACCUGUGAAUUGGACUGUAAACAAGUCAGUAUUGUGCAAAAGUGUUAAAUUUAGACCCUAUUCUCCAACUCGUAAACCAUUUAGAUAUGUAGGUGUUCAAAUCAUAGGAAUUAAGAUGUUUCUUGGAUACUGUGCCUUGCCAAAAUCUAGGAAUAGAUUCUCAAGAUCACAGCACACAAUUCAGUCUCAAGUAUUCUGCAGAGGGGAAAGAUUGCUGCCGUUUCAGCAAUAUUGGGUAAUUGAUUUUUUUUCUUCCCAUUGUGUCCUAUAAGUGUCAAACCCGCUACUCAAUUUGCCCAACUGCCAUAUCUUCAUCCUAAAGUGCCUUAGUUUGCCCUGAUCGAAUCAUUAAUAAAUAAAACAGUGUUAUUAUUGCAAUUGGACUGACUAGCUACAUUCUGACAGGGUUGAGUGUAUAGCUGGUCUGUUUACAGAUUGGGCAUAGGAUCCAGCUUGUGUACAACAUUGUAAUAACACACCCACGCAUCAGUUUAGCGAUAUCAUUACAAUACCGUAAGACUUAAGUUUGCACACAUUUAAAAUGAAGGAAACCAAGUAUUGUAUUAAGUUCCUUAUUAAAAAGUAAUGAAGGAUUUGGAAAUGUUUUUGUUUUGAAGGUAAGAACACUGGAUAUUGCAUGAUGUCAACAGUAUAGGCAUUCUGAAACGUGUACAUAUGAAAUGCUACAAUAAACCUUAGUGUAUUCUAGUGUGUUAACUAA